AUGCAUACAAGAUCACUGCUGAUAAAUGGAGAAUCAAUAGAACCUGCGUUUAUAGACAAUGGGGUACCAGUAUUCAAACCUACAAUGGACCAGUUCCAAGAUUUUUACAAGUUUAAUCAACUAAUAAACAAAUAUGGAUUAGAAUCUGGAAUAGUAAGAGUGAUACCACCAAAAGAAUGGGUAGAUUCUAUAUCAAGUUGUUAUACAAAGGAGAAUUUAUCAAAAGUUAAUAUAAAAAAUCCUAUUGUUCAACAAAUAAAUCGUACUGGACAUGGAGUAUUUCAACAACAAAAUGUAGAAAGAGCUAGAAAGUAUAAUUUGGAGCAAUGGAAAGAAUUAUCAAGACAUUAUGAACCACCAAAGAAAAGAAAAAGACUGCAUGAUGAAAUGAUGUCUAAUGAUACAGAGUACACUGUAGAAAGAUGUGAAGAAUUAGAAAGAGCAUAUUGGAAAUCAUUAACUUAUUCUGAACCAAUAUAUGGAGCAGAUACUGAAGGUUCAUUAUUUACAAAUGAUAUAAAUUGUUGGAAUGUGGCCAAAUUACCCAAUAUAUUGGAUUUAAUGGAAGAACAAAUACCUGGAGUAAACAAUGCUUAUUUAUACGCUGGUGUUUGGAAAGCAACUUUUGCAUGGCAUUUAGAAGAUCAAGAUUUAUAUCUGAUAAAUUAUUUACAUUUUGGAGCUCCAAAACAAUGGUAUCUGAUUCCACAAUCUCAAAGUGAAGAAUUUUUUAAUUUAAUGAAAGAUUUAUUUACUGAUGAAUAUAAAAAUUGUUCACAAUUUCUUCGACACAAGACUUUUUUGGUACUGCCACAAUAUUUGAAGAAAAAGGGAAUAACCGUAAAUCAUACAAUUCAUAGACAAGGUGAAUUUAUAAUAACAUAUCCUUAUGGUUAUCAUGCUGGUUUUAAUUAUGAUUAUAACUUGGCAGAAUCUGUUAAUUUUGCAAUUCCAAGUUGGUUUGAUGUUGCUGAUUCGACUGAAAAUUGCCAUUGUAUUCCAGAUGCAGUGAAUAUAAAUGUUGAACAAUUACGAAAGAAAUAUAAAGAUUAUUCAAAUAAAGUUGAUCUAUUUUAA